UUCUACUACUAGCGAGAAGAGAAUACUCAUGGUAGCCAUCUGGUGGCGUAUUAAUGUAGCGUCAAACAUAAAGUUUAAUUCAGAUACAUAUUACGUUAAGGAGACAAUGCGCUUGACAGGGUGGCGAUAUGUAACAUUUAUAGGAACAAUAGUAGGAUUCAUAGGAACGUUUUGUUAUCUUACAAUGAUUAGCCCCAUGAUUAAUCCAGAACCAUAUAAACAAAUUCGAGAACGUGUGGCAACUGAAAGUGCAAAUAAAAGAAAUAUAAGAAAAGACACAAAUAUUUAAGGAAAUAUAAUAUGAAUAAAAAAAAAACAGAUUAGAGAGGAUAUUUAUUGUACAAAAUUAAUUUUUAUUAUGUAGUUGGACAUAUGUCACUAAGAUGUUGGUGUAUAUAAAAUAGAUUGAAGAACGUUUAGUGUAUUAUGUUAAAAAAUCAAUAAAUGUAAUGAUUUGUA